AUGAAAUUUAAAGUUGUCUUAAUAUUUAUAUUUUUUUUUUAUAUUUCAAUUACCAAUGGAAAUGAUAAAAUAUUAGACUGUAAUAUUAAAUCACAAGACACAUACCCUAUUACAUUGAUAUCAACAAUUGAUGGAAUAACAAUAGGUGUUGAUACAUUUACUGGAAAUGAAAUUUGGAGAUAUAAAGAUAAACCAUUAUUAGAAACACCAAAAAAAAUAAAUAAUAAUUUUUUAAUUUUACCUAAUCCACAAGAUGGUAAUUUAUUUAUUUAUACGGAUAAUAAAUUAAAAAGAUUACCUUUUACUAUACCACAAUUAGUUCAAUUUUCUCCCAUUAAAACAAAUGAUGGAAUAUUUUAUACAGGAGCAAAAAAAGAUGUUUGGUUAAGUAUUCAUUUUGAACAUGGUUUACAAAAUGAAGAAAUUAAUAUUAUAAAUGAUAAUAUAUGUCCUGUAAAUAAAGAAGAAUUAAUACAUAUAGGAAGAACUGAAUAUCAAUUAACAAUGAAAAAUGCAACAAAUGAUAGUUCAUGGAAUGUAACAUAUUAUGAAUAUUCCUCAUAUUUUCCUAUGGAUGAAGAUGAAAAACCAUUAUUAAUGUAUUUAUCAAAACCAAAUAGUGGUAAAAUUUUAUGUAUAGAUACAGUUUCAAAAACAAUAGUAUGGGAAAAGAAAUUUCCUAGUGUAAUAAUUGAUACUUUUCAUUUAAAAAAAGAUGGCUUACAUUAUGCUCCCAAUCGAUUUGUCGGGUCGAAAACAUUUGAAGCAUUUAUUAAGGCAAAUAUAUCAGAUAAAAAUAUGUACACAGCAUUAUACAAUACAAUUUUUUCUGAUAUGUCAAUGAAUGAAAUUAGAUAUCAUAAUUAUGAAGCAUCUUUAUAUAUUGGUCGUUCAUAUGAAGCAAUGUAUGCUAUUCCUACAUAUAUUAGUCCAAUUUUUGACAAAAAAGAAAUUAUAAUAAAUGAAUUAAAAGAUAAAUUGAUUGGAUUUAAUGGUACUGAUAAUAUUGGUGUUAAUUAUGUUAAUAAAAAUUCUCAUAUGUUAAACGUUGGUUAUUACGAAGUUCCAGAAAUUUAUGCACCUGAAUUAACUCCUAUUUUAGAUAAUUUAAAGUCUAAAUAUAUAUUUCAUGAUACUAAACGUCUUCCAUAUCUUAAUAAUGGAAAAAAAAUUAAGCGUAAACAAGCUUUACAAAGAUUCAAAGAUGAUUUUAAGAUAGUUGAUUUAAUUGAAUAUAAGAUGGGUGAUUUGGAAAAUUUUAAUGAAGUUUUUGAACAAUUUUUAAAUAAUAUUUUUAUUAAAAAAGCGUAUAUUUUUAUUCCAAUUAUUGUUUUGACAAUACUUUUUAUUAUCAUUUUUAUGGUAUUAUCAGUUUUUAAGAUUAUGAAAAAAUCUAAUGAAACUGAAAUUUCAUAUUCAAUAAAUUCAACAAAAAAUUCAAAUAAUUCAGAUUUUAAUACUAACGAAUUAGAAAAUAUUUCUUUAUUACCUACAUCUGAUGAGUUGGAAAUUUAUGAAAAUUCAAUUGUUGAUGGUUAUCUUUCUAUAGGAAAAUUAAAAUACAAUCCACAAAUUAUUCUUGGGAGAGGAGGUGAUGGAACAGUUGUCUAUAAAGGAAUCUUUGAAAAAAGAGAUGUUGCUGUUAAAAGAGUUUUAUCGGAGUUAAUUAAAAUAACAACAAGAGAAAUUGAUAUGCUUCGUGAAAGUGAUUCUCAUAAUAAUGUUAUUAGAUAUUUUUGUUCAGAAUCUGAUAGAUCUUUCAAAUACAUUGCCUUAGAAUUAUGUGAUUGUUCACUUUAUACAUAUAUCAACAACAAAGAAUAUCGUGAUAAAUUAUAUUUGGAUAACUUAGAAAUUCUUCAUCAAGCAACUGAAGGUGUUCGACAUCUUCAUCACUUAAAUGUAGUUCAUCGUGAUAUAAAACCGCAAAAUAUUUUGUUAUCAAAGAAUUUUCAAACUGGGUAUGUAAGGGUUGUGAUAUCUGAUUUUGGUUUAUGUAAAAAACUUAAAGUUAAUUGUAAUUCUAUUAGUCGUGUCUCUGGAUUAGCAGGUACAGAUGGUUGGAUGGCUCCAGAAACACUUAACAAUGAGUUAUCUGUUACUGUAGCAGUUGAUAUUUUUGCUCUAGGAUGUAUUUAUUAUUACGUCUUAUCAGAUGGUGAACAUCCAUUUGGGAAUACAAUCAAACGUCAAGAUAAUAUUAUAAAUGGGUAUUUUAAUUUAAAAUUAAUAAGUAAUGAUGAUAUUGCUGUACAUCUUAUUGAAGCUAUGAUUCAUAAAUCAUCUAUCUUUCGUCCAUCAGCCAUCUCAGUAUUAAAUCAUCCAAUGUUUUGGUCUAAUGAACGUAAACUUCAAUUUCUUAUGGAUGUUAGUGAUAGAAUUGAAGCUGAGAAAGAGGGAAGUAGUAUUAUUGAAGCAUUGGAAGAAAAAAAUUACACUGUAGUUUCACGUAAUUGGCGAAAUUUAAUUAGUAAAUGUGUAUCUGAAAAUUUAAAGAAAUUUAGAACAUAUAAAUAUGACUCAAUUCGAGAUUUACUUAGAGCAAUAAGAAAUAAAAAACAUCAUUAUAGAGAACUUCCAGAUGAAGUAAAAGAAUCACUAGGUGAAUUACCAAAUGGUUUUUUAAAUUAUUUUACCUCACGUUUUCCAAAAUUAUUGCUUCAUGUUUAUCGUGCAAUGAAAAUUUGUAAAUAUGAAACAAUCUUUCAGGGAUAUUAUUUAAAUGCACAUUCAGCUUUUUUUAAAGAACCCUUUGAUCAUUUACCUGAUAUUAGUGAAGAAAUUGGUGAUUAUUCAAAUUCAUCCUUAUUUUCAAAUACCAAUAAUUAUAAAAUAAAAGAAGAACGAAAUUUUAACAAAAAUAUAAAUGAAGAUGAAAAAGUUAAAAGAAAUAGGUUCAUUAAACGACGUAGACCAUUUAUAUCAAAUAAAUAA